AUGGCUUCAGCUUCUGAAUCCACUUUCAAACCCCCACCGAUUGUCGAGUGCGUCUCUAGAUCUCAUUGUCUCGGCAUCGGCAAGAAAAUCUACGUCCCAAAUCGGGUUUGUGCCGACUGUCUUCAACGACACGAUCCACAACAACUGCGAGUUUGGGCUGACGCCAACACUGUUGCCUUACAACUCAUCAACGAAGAAACUGCGCGCAAGCAUAUUCUAAAACGCAACAUCGAAGCUCGUGGUCGUUAUCUUUGCGUCUUUGAGGAUCCGGAUUUUCAGCACUGCAGGUGGCGACUACAUGACCUGAACCUCCGCGGCACUCGCCUGGACUGCCCUUCUGUCCGCAAGAAAGGUGUACCACUGUACGACCUGCUUGUCAUGCUAGCACCGCCGCCGAAGCCACACUGUGCAUUCGGUACCGCUUGUGGCUCACGUCUAGGAGGACAAGAACAGGGAACAGAUAUAUGUUCAUGGUGCAAGAACAUGAGCUUCGACGCACUGUACAAGCAGGCCGAAGCACAUCCAGACAAGCCGUUGCUGAGGUACCGCAUCGAUGUCUACCGGCACCAGCUUGAGCGCGACAGCUCCGAACGCAUCAGGAAAGGUUGGACAUAUCUGUGCGCCUGCAAAGACCCGGAGUACCGCUUCUCAGCAUGGCGCAACGACUUCAACCCGCAAGAUUCUCGCCUCUGCGGCACAGUUCGCCACCGCGGACAGCUGUGCGCACGAUGCUAUCGCAAAGCACGAGAACAAGCCUGCCCAUGGCUUUCAGAAUUCGACGGCGACCGAGUGGGGUUUCCGUGCGUCUUCGAGGACCCAAGACUGAGACGGCCCGUCGACAGUAACUGGAAGAUUGGGCCUCGGAAUCAGCAAGGCGAGGCAGACCCAAGCUGGGAAAAGGAUCCUAGGAGAGAUGGACGAUGCGACAGGACGAGGUUCAGGAAUCAGCUUUGCCAAAGGUGUUUCAAUCGCAUGUGCGAGAUUCGGGGGUUUGGGAGGUACUUUGAUACGGAGUGGGGUAUACUGCGCCGAAACUAUGGCGUUUGA